AUGGCUAUCAGCAGCAAUGAGACGUCCACAGACAUCCUCAGUAUAACUGUGAUCCCAAGGGGAAAAAAAGUUGCCUUCCAGGCUCUGAAGUCCGACAUCACAACCGUUCCGUCACCAGUGGAGUUGACAGGUGACCUUGACUGGACGGUGGAGUUGAGAGAGACAUCUUUCGAGGUCGCCGUCAAUGGCCACUUUGUGGCCAGCAUUCCCCACAGCGAGCCCGUGAAUCGGAUGGACACUCUCAUCUUUACAGAUUCGUUCCCGACCAGCCGGAUAGUGUUCCAUCUCAAUGGCGAUCCCCACAACACCCCCGGGAAGUACGCCAUAAGUGGGAACCUUGCUUUCAAGAAGAAAACAUCCUCCUCGUCCAGUAGAGUCGGGCACCCGUCAAGUAGAGUAACUGACGGUAUGACAAUCGUUGACUGGCAGCAAGAUUCAUGCUGGUCGGUGAGUGAAGGGGACAGCAACCCCUGGUGGAUGGUUGACCUUGGCAGCGUCUACUACAUCAACCACCUCGUCCUCACGAGCAGACACUGCGACAGCACUUGUGCAAAUCGCCUUCAUGACUUUGAGAUCGAGGUUUUUAAAGAAGAUCCUUCCGUCAAUACUACGGCGGUAGGAGCUCGGUGUACCAUGUACGUUGGUGCCGUGCCGGAUGGCAGCAUCCAGAAGGUUACGUGUGAUGAGGAGGUUGUUGGUAGAUUUGUUAGGAUAUCUGGGAGGAACCCAGCAGACAACGCCGAUGUUCUGACACUUUGCGAGGUGGAGGUGUAUGGCGGUAUACGCCGAACAGGCUGGUCACCGUUCGAGUGCCCCAACCCCCCUCUGCUGACCGGUGCCGCCGUGACAGUCUCCCACACCAACACGAGGGCUGUUGCGAAGUACACGUGUAGUCACGGCGCCAUGGUGUGUGCCGGACAUGACGUCAUACACUGUUCCAGCCAGGCGGGAUGGGACAGAGAACCCGGAAGCUGCGUACAGACUUCUCUAGAUGCUGGAAAGCCCGGAAGUCUGGAAGAUUUCCCUAUCUGUCCGCUCGCCCUGGGGGGCAGCCUGGAGCUCUGGGUCACGCCCACGGAAGAUGAGGGGUCGCUGAUCCUUCAUGGUGAGUCUGGUGCAACUCUGUCCGGCAGCAUGACCCUACAGAACGCCACUGCUCCCGUCAGCCUCAGCUACAGCGUGUCAGGCUCACCUUCCCCGGCAGUGUACCCGGCAUCAAACCCUUUCACAAAGAACAAAGAAUCACACAUUGUCAUAAGCCAUCUCACCAAGUCUUUAUUGAUUGAAGUAGAUGGAGCCACCCUCUACAAUUACCCCAUUGAUGACUUUAGUUCUGAAAAUGUAAACGUCGUCACUUGGACAGCCGGCCUCAGUGUCAGGAAGGCGACGUUCUCACAGACCAUGAGGAAGGAACUGGAUCGAGAGAGAAUACAGUUCAAUAUGGCGUUGAAUGCAUUUGUGGACGCCAGCAGUACUGACAACGUCCCCACGUCAUACGGCGUUGACGGUGACCCGAACAUGACCUCAACCAAAGACACCGACAACGACUCGUGCUGGCGAGGUCAGAAGACGGAUCAUAAGCAGUGGUACCAGGUCGACCUGGGGAAACAAGUUUACAUCCGGGACAUUGGGAUCAACAUUAAAAAUCAGUGCAUCACAUGCGCAACAAGACUCCAUGACUUCUCCGUGUUGGUGUACACCCUGAACCCAGAGACAGAGAGGGGUGUGGCUGGCACCCUGUGUACACAGUAUGCUGGAGACGUAGCGUCAGAUGCCCCCAUAACGCUCACGUGCAGGGACGAGGUGUGGGGGCGUUAUGUGAGGGUCACGGCUGACCACGCUGGCCAGAUGUCCAUAUGUGAGAUUGAGAUAUACGGAGAUUCGGUUGUCCGAAAAGAGUGGUCUCCCCUUGACUGCGGCCCUGCACCGAUGGCGGGCAAGGCCAGGGUGAGCAUCGCCUCCUCCACGAGGGAGAGCGUGGCCUCCUACUCCUGUCCUGAGGGGAUGUCUCUAUACGAAGGUACCCCCACCCUGGUGUGUGACAGCUCGAAGGGUUGGGUGGGGCAAGUUGGCACCUGCCUUCAGACCACCUUCAGGGCCACGGGAACAGAUUUACUCCAACAGGUCCAGCUGCUGUCACCCCCGAGGAUAGGCGAGGCUGUAGAAGUUGUGUUUACACCCAGGAACCCAUGGUCCCGUGUGUCGCUGAUUGCCAGCUCCAUAGAGCAGGAUGUUGUUCUCAUGGUGAUAGCGUUCACCAAAGACCGAGCCAAGCUCAUCAGCGGAGGAACGUCAGCUGUAGUGGACAUUCCUGGCUUUCCCUUCCAAGAUGGAAAAAGAACUAAAGUGCUUUACACAUUCUUCUCUCAGUAUAUAGAUAUAUCAGUGGAUGGUCUUUCUGUAUAUGCCUACCCCUUCCUGUUCCCCGUGGACCUGAUAGACGGUGUCUUCACGACAGGCGCCACACGGGUGUCCGUCCUUCCCAAAGGCAUCACGGGAACGACCUGGACUCAAUUGACGAGGAAUCUUGCAUGGAACAAGCCCGCAGUCGGCAGCACCGCCAAUGGGGAGUCCGACCCUGGCAACGCAGUUGAUGGUAACAAGGCAAUGCAAUUGACCUCGCAAUCGUGCUGGACUGUCGACAAUGGUGACCUUGACCCCUGGUGGACAGUUGACCUGGGCAGCUUUUACAAAGUGACCCACGUGGAAAUAACCAGCAGGGUCAGCUGCGGAGAGUUGUGUGACAAAAGACUGCAUGACUUUAAGAUCGAAUUAUUCAACAAACAGCCGCUAGCACGUGACAAGGGUGAAUUAUGUUUGCAACACGAUGGCGUGUUUCCUCCUGCGACGACGAAGACACUGACGUGCACGACGACGGCUGUAGGAAGGUACCUGCGAAUCAGUUCACCUGGCCGAACAGAUGGCGGGGAUCUCUUCACGCUGUGUGAAGUCCAGGUGUUCGGAGACGAGUUCAUUAAGGAAGAGUCAAGUCAAUCUGACUGUAAAGAACCUCCCCCUCGUCCUCACGCCAUGGUGAGCGUCAUGAGAACCGGCAGGGGGGUGACUGCGAGCUACAGCUGUGAGGCGGGCUAUGGCCUGUGUGGGGAGAGGCAGCACAGUACCUGUGUUGAUGGAAUCUGGGGGGAGUUCAAUGGCCACUGCUUCCAGAAUGUUUGGCACUACUCGACUCCACACACCAUUAAAGACCACCCACUGACAUGCCCCUUAAGUCUCAACUCGGAAGUGACGCUGAUCGCAACACCUGUCAUCAACACUGACUUCACGACAUCAUUACGUAUUGGCAACACAUCCAUCAUCAAACUGGAGGCUUCGUUCACUGCGUACGGGUACAAAGAGGCCACUGUCCAAGUGCAGGAGAGUGGCAGAGAGACCUACAGAUACAGGCUGCCUAUCUUCCCCUUUGAUAUAGGCAAGGAAUUUACUCUACUCAUGAAAGUACUACCCACGGCCAUUGAGCUACACGUGGACGGACGAAUGGUCCACGAUCCAUCUCUUCCUGGGAUCCCAGUGGAGACAAGAAUGGAUGGUCCACCAGUUCUCAACACAGAGGGACUGGCCACACGACGCCUAACGUACCAUGUAUCAAAUGAGCGCUACCAUAUGAUACACUACACCCACACACAGAACCGCUGGAUCCAUGUCCCGACAAAGGACAGAACAGAUAUCAUGUUCAGCGUCAAGGCGUGUCAUAGUGUUCUGGUGAACUUGAGGGAGGACCGCUUCUUUGAGACACCGGGUGUCACGUUUACCAUUGGGGGCAGACAGAACACCAUGUCCGAGUGUACGUCGUGCUCCAACAACCAAACUACCUGGCACUCCGUCUUGGACUGUGAGACGUAUAAAACUUUCUGGGUGUCUUGGAUGGUUCCUGGCAGUGUAGCCAUAGGUUCGGGGAAGAUUCUUGGCGCCGAGGUGUUCAUGACAAGCUCCGGACACGACUUCAGGAAAGGGUUCCUCCGGCUGGGCACAACUGAUACAGAUGGACGGUGGACGUUCCCGGAAUACGAGAGCGGUGCUGCCCCCGAUCAACCCUGUCCCCGACCAGACCAAUCACCGUCCACCUACAUGACCAGUAACUUCCUCGCCCCCACCCCCUACAGAAUGUCUACCUUCCGCUGCUCGGAGGGUCACGUGUUCUGUGGGCAGAGUUCACAGGCCAGCUGCCAGGAUAGCACAGAUCUGCAGGUCUUCAAGGGAGCCUGUGUCAGCAACGUGUUGCCCAAGGAAGACGCGGUCAAGACGAAGCUGCGACUGCCGUGCCGGAUGGAAAAUGGAGCCUUGAUUUCCGUCUACAUCACUCCAAACACUGAUGCCAGUCGCAUCACCGUGGAUGUAGAUGGAGAAUAUGACACAGGUUUGCUGCUGAAACUGGACUUUAAUGCACGUGAUCUGACAGCAGCUCACUCCGGGGCCCUGGAACAGAGCAUCGGAUCAUUCCCCUUCACCAGAGGCCAGGAGUUCCACUUGGUCAUCGCCUUCGAGCCAGACAGAUACCAGAUCUACUCCGAUGGUCAGUGGGUCGGCGUCCAUGCAUCUCCAGUUACACAUGACAGGCUCAGUGACGUUGAAGUCUCGGGAGACUUCACACUGCGGGAUUUGAGAGCAUACCCAAACAUAAUGUCAUCACCCGACAACUGCGUGGUGGACGUCACCCACGGCACCAUCCAAAGCAGGGACACGUCGAUUGGGUCGGAAGGUCAGGUCAAGUGUAAUGCGAACUAUAAGACCUGCAACACGUCCAGCGUUGUGUGUGGACCGGACGGGAAGUACGGCAACACAGAGGACCAGACUUGCAGACAGUACAAAUGGCAGUUUACAGCCGAAUUAACAAUUGAUACCGACUACCCAGUGCCGUGUACGUUCCGAGAUGGGUACGGAAUUCGACUUAUCGGUAAAGCGUCGAGAAGCUUCCAUGUCAGGGUUCGAGCUGGACCUGAAGAUCAGAUCGCCUUCUAUUCCGACAUGACAGCUUCCACCACGACGCUGUCCACGUCUAUAAAGGAUGAGGUCUUGUUCCAAGAGGUCAUCCCCGGAAGUCCUCUAUCCCUCUACACCCAGUUCGUGCUCAUCAUUGAGGUGCAUCCCGAUGUAUAUAAGGUUAUUUUGAACGGCGAUGUCAUCAACAGCUACAAACUCCUCUCGCCGGCGGACCGGGCAGAACGGGUUACCAUCACGGCAGGGGUGGCUGUCACAGACUUGGAAUUCCUCGACAGAUAGACAACCUGGGGCUGAGUCGGGGACAUAGGAAGGAGCCAUCAUCUAAAACAACAUCAAGCCGAAAAGUCAUUUGUACUCGUAGAGCACUCGACUACACUGCCGAGCAAAAGAAAGUACACCCAUGUUUGAUGGUGGCUGAUAAUAAAACAAACACGAAAUGGUUAUUCGAUGGUGAUGUGUCUGAUACGGGUAUCAUAGGUGAUAUCGGACCUUAAGUUUACAGUGUUUUCACUGUUUUCAGCCUAGUAACGUUUUGAUGACGUUUGUAAUUGUUUUGUCAAAUCCAAUUUCCAAGUGUACACUUUCUUUUGCCCGGGAGUUUAUUUGCCUCAUUUACAUGUUAUUUCAAGCAUAUCAUACUUUGUACUACGCACAUGUAAUAAAAGUGAUGAUGAUGAUGAUGAUGAUGAUGAUGAUGAUGAUGAUGAUGAUGAUGAUAAGUGGAAUCAUGUUGCUUCAGACCACAGAGGACCCGGAUGAUCACAUACUCAACUCUUGGGGAGUAUAUUUCAUGUAGUGCAUUCGGGUAUAUAUCUAUCCUCAGGACAUGACAAAACUAGUUUGUGUCCACGUUAUGCUUUUCAGUCUGGUAUAAAGUGGGCGAUCCAAGCUGUAAUGUUGGAACUCGAAAUCUCAAUAAAAUAA